AUGCCAAAGUGUGAAGUUGGCCACUUCCAGAACAGGCUGGAGAGUUCCUUGAAGAUGUGCCUUGACAACGUGAAAAGGGCCUGCGAUGGAGCUGAUAUUGAAAGUCUGCCGCGAACCCAUCAAUUCAUCCGAUGGCAAUCCAAGAUCCGUGCUUGGAGUAGCAUCAAGCCCGACUUGUCUCAGCAAAUGGAUUCUUUUCUGCAAGGAUACAUCGACCAGGCCAUUGGGGGUGCAUCAAAGCAUCCUGACGAGCUUCAUGCUCAUGUACUUCUGGUGGCGAGGCUGGAGAACAUAAGCGAUAUUGCAACACAAAUGCCUGGCUUUGGUGAUGCUGCCAAGAUAGACGGGGCAUUGAAGGAUGCGGAAGAAUGCUUGGAGAAGCACUUUGAACACAUCUUCGAGAGCGCUUCUCAAGCGGCUAACGCAUCGGUCAGAGCAGUCUUGGAGUCUCCUGAGUCAGACUCUGUGGACUUUGUAGUGCUAAAGACAGUAGGGAAGGAGCUAAAAGAGAGCAGAUCAGCAUGGGAGAGUGGCCUUGAAGCAGCUUCAAAGACACAUGCUCGCGUUGUCAAGUGGUACGAACGCCUACAAGGAGCGGCGACUGGCUGGCUUGACUCCUUGCAGGAGUGCAACAAGGAGAUGCUUGACACGGUCGGUGUGAUCGCUGCAGGUGGCAACAAGUCUGAUGUGGAUCUUGCCACUGGUGCCUGUUGCAAGAACCUCUAUUACACCAUGUCCGAGCUCGUAGAUUCCUUGCCAGAUGUUGACAGACAAAAUUGCAUGAAGAGCACGUGUGAUGUCGUGCUGCUCGACACCUUGAACUGUUUUAACGGAGUGAGCUCUGCCGCCUUGACCUUGUCUACACAAGUUGUCAAUGGCUCUGCCACCCAGAGCAUACUUCAGAGCCUGCGAGUGCUCAUUGAAGUACUUCAAGGCUUUGCCUGGAUGGACAUCGCCAAGGAUGCGGAUGCUCCAAAUAGUACGUUGGACAAACUCCAGAAGCAGGUCCAGGAGUAUUCCGACGAACUGUACCGUAGCCUCUGCACUUUGCUACGUACUUUCCUGGAAACCUCUCCGGUGAAGCGAUCCCUUUCGAAGUUUCUACGUGCCUGGAAGGAGUUUCAAGGGCUGAGCGAAUUAAUUCCGGUGUUCCAGUUCCUGGAGGAUGAACAGGCUUCCGUGCCUCCGUGGCUUCUGAACCCUCACUGCACGAUCUCGACUCCUUUCCGGCAGAAGAUGUCAACAAUAUCCUUCACGCCCAUGACCAGCUACGGUGUUCAGAAAAGCGCUGAUGACAUCAAGAUGCUUGUCUUCUCCUGCGUGGAUGCUCCUGGCAACUACAAGGAUCUUCAGCUGAGAGAGCUCUUCUUGUUUUUGUCCCAAGAUGUUGCCCCAAACCACAAAAAGCAACGCCGCUUUACCAACUGCCAGGAGAAGGAUUUUGUGCUGUGCACCCUGGAGAAGUGGCGAGGAUUAAUGCUCCUGAGUUUGUUGAAGAUGUUUGGUCCAGAGGAGCAGGUUCACGAGCAGGUGAAGAGAGAGGUCCUUGAUGACUUGGGGAAAGUGCGCGACAUGAUUGGGAACCCGACGGAGAGACAAAGCGCGGCCGACACUCUUGUCAAGCUGGCACUCUUAGAGUUGAAGAGUUCAGCUUUCAAUGAAGCUCAAAGACUAUGGCAGCAAUAUCAAUGCUUGCUGACCACGAGAAACUUCGAAGAUGACCAGACAAUCCAGUUGCAACUUGAAGACUUUGAUUUCACAGGCCUCAAGGAUCUCUUGGGAGAAAGACCGGAAAAGGAGAGCGCGGAAAGUACAUUGAGCAAAACCUUCCAUUUACGUCUUGGGCGAAUUGAGUCGACUGUGCGGGAGCGCUUAUCUUUGGCAAAGCGUUCUGUCCAUGAGCCUGAGAUCUUCGCCAGAGAGUUUCGAAAGCUGAAAGCAGCAGAUGCAGAGCUUGGAGACUACUUGAAGCUCUACAAGGAAAUGGACCUUCGAGCAGAGGUUGAAAAGGUUGGCGUGCAUGGUGCAGAACAUUUCCAGCUACUGUUGGUGAAGAUCAAGGCUGAGCUAGAGGAGAAGAACUACGAUGCAUGCUUGAACCAUGCAGAUGAGCUUCAAUGCUUGGUUUCCAAGUGGGAAGGCGUCGACAUUUUGACAAGAACUCAGCUUUCUGAAGCGGAAGUUGCGCUGAAAAAGGCCAAAAACUGCUUGGAACUUGUCAAGCCACUUGCGACAAACUUUUUGGAGAUCGUGAAGCAUAUCGAUGAAAAGGCGCUCUCCACAGAGUUGAUCCUGGAGCUCAAGCAGCUGCAAAUAGGCCAUCGACCUGAUGUAAAAGAGGCUUAUAACGCUGCAGUCCAACGCAUCGCCAAAGAUCUGAACGGAUGUCUUCACGACGUGAACAACAUCGGGAAUCCAAACUCUUAUGAAUUUGGCAUCGCGGCAUUCGAGCUUUUGAAGAGACACUUUGAUGGUGGGUUGGGGGAACAUUUUCCACAAGCUCGUGCUCAAGUUGAACAAGAUUUGAUGAAACUGAAGCAAGAGGUCGAAUUGCACAACGAGCAGAUACUCUCAAACCUCUACUCAGACGAGAAGAAGAUUGAGCAGCUGCGACUUGAGUUGGACAAGUUGUCUUCCAAGCAUCAAUCACCUGAGUGGUGGGAGAGCACGUGGGAGAGCACAUUGCAAUUUUUUGGUGGUACUUCAAGAAAGAGUGCAGACGCUGCAAGAGCUGCUGACUACGCUCGGAAAAAUUACUGUGCACUCCAAGCCAGAGUGAACAAGGAGAUCAUCGACCACAUUGAAGAAGGCUUAAACGGCAUGCAAGCAGGACACUUUGAUGUGAGUGGAAGCGUUGUGAGCUUCCUCGAGCUUGUGAGCAGUCACUUGAGUUCGCAUUUGGAUGGAUCGACGCAAGGUCAAAUUGAGCGCUUUGAAGGUGAAGUGAAGAACAUGUUUCAGAACAGGUUGGAGAAGCUGCUUAAGUCCUUCGACGGAGAGGAUGCUCGAACAGCCAUUGCAGAGCUUGGAGACUGGAACAUGUUUGGAUUUCUUGCGCCACCUUUGCUUCUUCGUCUUUGA